UGGCGAUCGCCCCCAGGGGCCGAAGACUGCAAAAAAAACCUCUCUCUUGAUGUUUUCAAUGCGUUGGGCCUCUGGGAAGAAACGUCCCCCAGGAGGCGUCCCCCAGUUCAUCCCGUCGGCGCUGCUGAACGACGGCGUGUGCGACUGCUGCGACGGCUCCGACGAGUGGCUCGCCGCAGCGCCGGCGGCGCGCUGCCCUGCGGGCGCCUGCGCCGCCGAGGCUUCCUUCAUCGCCGGGCGCCUGGCGCAGUUCCUCAGCGUCGAGCUGGAGGGCACGCGGCUGGGCGCCGCCAGCGUGGCGUCGCUGCCGACGCACCUGGAGGCCCUGCGCGCGGCGGUGGCCGAGUCGGACGUGGCGAUGCGGCCGCUGCGGGCCAAGGCGACCGAGUUGCAGGCCGAGAUGCAGGCUGUGACCAAGAGGCUCCAGAAGGAGAAGGCCGCCCUCCAGAAGGCCGCCAAGAAGAAGCUGAAGCCGGCGACGCUGACCAACGUCGUGGGGGUGACCAAGGGCCGAUGCUACAAGCUCCCAGCGGCUGCGGAGG